UUGCCAUCCGCCAAUAAAAAUCAGAAGAAGAAGAAGCGUUUGUACAAGUAAAAACAUGUUUAUCAGCAGCAGAAACGAAGAGCCUGUUGACUAAAGAGCGCCGCCAGUCGAAUCCAUUCUGCUUGAGGAAUGCCCUAGAUAUCUAUACCUAGAUGUUGCCUUGGGGUCCUAAAAAUGCGUCAAAACCGCCACCAUCUUUGCACGGGUGUCUUGUACUUUAAAUGCAUGGACGAUGCCGGACUUCUUUGCUGCGUUGGUUGUUCAAACGAAAUAAACCAGACAGCAAGGGAUUACAUUUCACAAGAAUGUGAUCCAUUCCAUCAGAAGAGAUCAGACUUGUAGUGGCUAUCUUACAUUGUUAAAAGCUGCCGAGAGGUUGAAGCAGGAACUCAAUGCAUUUGCGACACAUAUGAAGUGUCAGUGAGGCAAACAGCUGUUAAUAGUCCCUUUUAAUUGCACAGACAGAUAUUUCUUCAUGUUUGAAAGUUGUAUAUAUGUGUAUAUGGUCAACAAAGAAUACAUCGUCCUGACUCACCCCCUCGCUCUACCACACUAAGUGAACAGGAUUCAGCUGUGUGUUUGUGUGUACACUUUACUAAUAUUUAAAGAUGGAGACUCCUGAUCUGGACACAGAUAAUGUUUCUACACCAUCAAACAACUGUAAACUCCAGAGAAAGAGAUCAGAAUCACCAACACACAGCUGUAUCUCCAUGAAGAGUGAUCAGUCUAUGGAGGUUCCUCUGAAGUUCAAUGAUAGAGACUCAUCACUUCUACACAGUAAACACAAGAGUAAGAGAUCAGAAUCACCAACACACAGCUGUAUCUCCAUGAAGAGUGAUCAGUCUAAGGAUUCUCCUCCUGUGUUUAAAGCUGGAGACUCAUCACUUCUACACAGUAAACCCCAGAGAAAGAGAUCAGAAUCACCAACACACAGCUGUAUCUCCAUGAAGAGUGAUCAGUCUAUGGAUCCUCCUCUGAUGUUUAAAGAUGGAGACUCAUCACUUCUACACAGUAAACUCCAGGGAAAGAGAUCAGAAUCACCAACACACAGUUGUAGCUCCAUGAAGAAUCAUGAGCCUAUGGAUCAUCAUCUGGGGGUUAAAGCUGUAGACUCCUCACAUCUACACAGGUACGACCCAGAAUCUGCUGGUGGAAAUGAAUUCCAGAAAAAGUUCAAAUUAAAUCUGAUGAAGAAGUUUCAGUGUUUGAAUGGAGUGAUGAUAAACCUGGGAACCCAAACACUCCUGAAUGAGAUCUACACAGAGCUCUACAUCACAGAGGGAGACAGUGGACAAGUCAAUAAUGAACAUGAGGUGAGACAGAUGGAGGCAGCAUCCAGGAGAAGAACAACAGAGGAAACACCAAUCAAAUGCAAUGACAUCUUUAAGCCUUUAUCUGAACAAGACAAACCCAUCAGAACUGUGCUGACAAAUACAUCAUCUAAACAAGACAAACCCAUCAGAACUGUGCUGACAAAUACAUCAUCUAAACAAGACAAACCCAUCAGAACUGUACUGACAAAUACAUCAUCUGAACAAGACAAACCCAUCAGAACUGUGCUGACAAAGGGAGUCGCUGGCAUCGGAAAAACCGUCUCUGUGCAGAAGUUCAUUCUGGACUGGGCUGAAGGGAAAGUAAAUCAGGACGUCCACCUCAUAUUUCCACUUCCUUUCAGAGAGCUGAACUUGAUGAAGGACCAGAAACUGAGUCUGAUGGAGCUCCUUCAUGUGUUUUUUAAGGAAACAAAAGAAACAGAAAUGUCCAGUUUGGAAAAGGUUCUGUUCAUUUUUGACGGAUUGGACGAGUGUCGUUUUCCUCUAGAUUUCCAGAACACAGUGAGAGUGUGUGAUGUAACUGAAUCAGCAUCAGUGCCUGUGCUGCUGAUAAACCUGAUCAAAGGGAAUCUGCUUCCCUCUGCUCUCAUCUGGAUCACCUCCAGACCUGCAGCAGCUGAUCAAAUCCCCUCUGAGUUUGUGGAUCGAGUCACAGAGGUACGAGGGUUCAAUGACCCACAGAAGGAGGAGUAUUUCAGGAAGAGGAUCAGUGAUCAGAGCCUGGCCAAUAACAUCAUCACACACCUGAAGUCAUUAAGAAGCCUCUACAUCAUGUGUCACAUCCCAGUCUUCUGCUGGAUUACAGCCACUGUUCUAGAGAGAAUGUUGGGUGAAGCAGAGAGUGGAGAGAUCCCCAAGACUCUGACUCAAAUGUACACACACUUCCUCAUCAUUCACACAAACAUCAUAAGAGAAAAAUACUCAAAGAAGCAGGAGAGUGAUGAAGAAAUGCUUCUUAAACUGGGACAACUGGCUUUUCAGCAGCUGAAGAAAGGGAACCUGAUCUUCUAUGAUGGAGACCUGAGAGAGUGUGGUAUUGAUGUGACAGAAGCAGCAGUGUACUCAGGUGUGUGUACUCAGAUCUUCAGAGAGGAGUUUGGGCUUCACCACAGUAAAGUGUACUGCUUUGUUCAUCUGAGCAUUCAGGAGCAUCUCGCAGCUCUGUAUGUGCACCUGACCUUCAUGAAGGAGAAGAGAAAUGUUCUUAAACAGAAUCAACUCUCUAACAGGUGGAUGGAAGAAAAUACAAUCUCAGGUGUACACAUCAGUGCUGUAGAUCAGACUUUACAAAGUCAGACUGGACAUCUGGAUCUUUUCCUUCGCUUUCUUCUGGGUCUCUCACUGGAGUCCAAUCAGAAACUCUUAUAUGUUUUAGUAACACAGACAGGAAGUAACCCUCAGAGCACACAGGAAACAGUUCAGUACAUUAAGAAGAAGAUCAGUAGAAAUCCUCCUACAGAGAAAUCCAUCAAUCUGUUCCACUGUCUGAAUGAACUGGGUGAUGAUUCUCUAGUGGAGGAAAUCCAACACUACCUGAAAUCUGGGAAACAAAGUAAACUUUCUUCUUCCCAGCUUUCUGCUCUGGUGUUUGUGUUACUGACAUCAGCACAGGAGCUGGAUGAGUUUGACCAGAGUAAAUAUUUCAGUACAGAUAAGAUAACAGAAGAUGUUGUUCUGAAGAUGAUGCCGGUGAUUACAGCAUCCAGUAAAGCAAUUAUCAGCUGUGAUAAACUUGGAGUAAAAAGUUGGUCACCUCUGUUCUCAGCGCUCAGAUCAGAAACCUCCAACCUGAGAGAACUUCAUCUGACUGUGAAAACACUGUAUCUGUCUGGGAAUAAACUAGGAGACUCAGAAGUGAAGACUCUCUCUGCUGGACUGGAGAAUCCUCACUGUAAAGUGGAGACACUGAGGUUGUAUAGUUGUGAUGUCUCAGAUGAAGACUGUGCUGCUCUGACUUCAGCUCUGAGAUCAAACCCCUCACACCUGAGAGAACUGGAUCUGUCUGAGAAUAAACUAGGAGACUCAGGAGUGAAGAUUCUCUCUGCUGUACUGGAGAAUCCUCACUGUAAACUGGAGACACUGAGUAUCAGCUGUGAUUCACUUGGAGUAAAAAGUUGGUCAUCUCUGGUCUCGGCGCUCAGAUCAGAAACCUCCAAACUGAGAGAACUUCAUCUGACUGUGGAAACACUGGAUCUGUCUGGGAAUAAACUAGGAGACUCAGGAGUGAAGAUUCUCUGUGCUGGACUGGAGAAUCCUCACUGUAAAGUGGAGACACUGGGGUUGUGUGAGUGUGGUGUCUCAGAUGAAGGCUGUGCUGCUCUGACUUCAGCUCUGAGAUCAAACCCCUCACACCUGAGAGAACUGAAUCUGUCCUGUAAUAAACUAGGAGACUCAGUAAAGAAGCUGCUGUCUGAUCUUAAGGAUGAUGAACAUUACAAACUACAGACAGUGAGGUGAGUAAUGACCUGUUAAUAAAAGUUUACCCUCAUUAUCAUUACACAUUGAUACACAUCACAUUUCUCUUCAAUAACUUUCACAUUAUCAGGUUAGAAAAUGUCACUAUAUUCUGUUUAAUCAGGAUUUUUCUAACGAUUCUCUUUAAUGCUGUUUUGUGUUCAGUAAAGUGUGUUGAUGUAAAAUUCAUGUGAAGGCAGAAAACAGGGAUUCAGACAGUCUACAAAAAGUCACCAAUGAGUUGAUGAGAGUGAUUGUUAAUGAACAUUGUGUCUUCUGUCAUUCCUGUAAAAUUCACCUGAGUUUGUUCUUAAAGUCUGCACUUAAAUAUAAAUGUAGAACAAGAUCUAAAUGACACAGUAGUGUUUGUUAUAUAAAAAAGCUCCUGUGAUUGGAUAAGAGCAGUGAUGUGAUGGGUAAAGAUCUGCUCAUUAUCCUGUUAGAACUUGUGGAAGUUCUCAUUUGUUCUAGUUAAAUGUUACAACACAGAUGUUAGUAAGAAUGAAGAAAUGUUGAAUGAUUCAUUAUAAACAGGAGAUGAUGAUGUUUCUGUUGGAGCAGAGAUGAUUACAUGCUGUUGGUCAUGAAGUACCACAGUCCACUUUGUGCUGAUUAAUUCACAUCUUUUUCUUUCAUAUUCAGGUUCUAAUGAAUAUCUGUGUGUGAUGAAGACUCCAGUGUUCCUGCAUUACCAUGAUGGAGAAUAGAGAACAUGUUUAUUAACACAUCACUCAUUUAGUUCUAACACAUUAAACACACACAGAGACGUGAGAAGUGUGUGUUCAUCGUGUACAGUGAAUCAGACUAAACACAAUUCUACACUGAGUUUAUAAUGACCUCUGAUCCCUGGAUAAAAUUCCCUGGACCUCAAUCCCAUAAAAACCUGAGGGAUUAUUUGUAACAGCAGGAGAAAAUCCACAUGAACUCGAGCUGAACUCUGUUCAUUUUACUGUUUGUGUGAUUUAUUAUUUGUUUAUUAUUGUAAUAUGAUUUACACUUUUUACACAUGUACACUUAUAGCUUAUAUUACUGGAUACAUAGGUCACUAACAGGUGGACCACGGUCCGUGUCCAGACCCAGAAGCUGUCCAAUCCGGACUCGGACCUACAGCCAAAACAAAAUGCAAAAAUGUUAUGCUUUAAAACUUGACGCUUUUAUUUAACCUGCACAAUCUUUACAAUAGUGGUAGUGGAAAUGCACCGACCAAUUGCAUGCAAGUCUGUGCAUUACUGCGACUCAACAGCGCAAGACAGGUGAGAGAGAAUUAGAGUAAAGUUACACAUGAAAGUAAGAAAACAAAGGGAGAGAAACAGACGAGUGAGACGGAGAAAGAGAGAAACAGACGAUUGAGACGGAGAAAGGGAGAGAAACAGGCGAGUGAGACGGAGAAAGGGAGAGAAACAGACGAGUGAGACGGAGAAAGGGAGAGAAACAGACGAGUGAGACGGAGAAAGAGAGAGAAACAGACGAGUGAGACUCUGUUCACACUAAACCAGUGUAUCUCAUAUGUACAGAAACUGGGGCACUUAUUAAAAGUGACAAUGUGAAAUGCCUUUAUGAGACAAAACAUAAAGGUUUUGAACAAACAUGUCCACUCAAAUCUGAAGACAGCGUCCCUGAGACAGCUUUCCCAGGUCUGAGGACAGUAGCCCUAUACAUUAUGAUCAUGUUUGGCUCUACAUACAACUGUGAGGCAGCUUUCUCUACAAUGAACAUAAUCCAAUCUAAAUAUGGUUCCAAGGUCACUAAUGUGCACAUCCACAUGUGUAUGAGAGCGGCCCUGACUCCAUUCAAGCCCAGGUUUAACCCUAACACUAACCCAAGCCCAGGUUUAACCCUAACUCUAACCCAAG